UUGGAUAAAGUUGCGGACUUUCGCCUGCGUUUCUCUUCUUUUUUCCAUACACCGAGCUUCACACUGUUACUGGGAAUUCAGUCCAUUCGAGGUUGGCAUUUGUCAGGGUUUCCUUGCUUUUCUUGGAUUGAUGUGCUUUUCUUGAGGGCUGGUUCAAAGAAUGUUCGUGGAGGCAUCUUCUCUCCGUACAGUGCAUGCAGUAGUGUAAACACCCUCUCAUAUCUAGCUGCUCGCUGUGUUUAUCUUGAUGACCUGAGCAAUUGGUGUAGCUGCCAUUGUCGGUAUACUUUAAGCAAUGGGAUUAUCCUCCCUAGCCUUGUUCAUUAUUAUUGUUUCUUUCCGGCGGGGAUUAGCUCAAGAUGUUGCACAUUCUACUCUCAUCGUUCAUGGCUCCGAGGCAAUUGCAGAGACUGAUGAUAAUUUCAUUUGUGCAACUCUUGAUUGGUGGCCUCAUGAUAAGUGCAAUUAUGACCAGUGUCCGUGGGGAUAUUCAUCUGUUAUGAAUCUGAACUUGUCCCAUCCUAUACUGGGGAAGGCAAUCCAAGCUUUCAAGAGUUUGAGGAUAAGAAUUGGAGGUUCCUUGCAAGACCGAGUAUUGUAUGAUGUCGGGAACUUGAGACUUCCUUGCCACCCAUUUAGAAGGAUUGAAGGUAGCUUGUUUGGCUUUUCCAAGGGAUGUUUACACAUGAAGAGGUGGGAUGAGCUGAACAAUUUAUUCAGUAAGACAGGGGCUGUCGUAACUUUUGGACUGAAUGCACUUAAUGGAAGGCAAUGGAUCAAGAACAACGUCUGGGGAGGGGAUUGGAACUUCAGUAAUGCUUAUGAUUUUAUCAAAUACACAGUUGCAAGGAGAUACUCCAUUGAUUCAUGGGAAUUUGGUAAUGAGCUCAGUGGAAGUGGAAUUGGUGCUAGCAUCUCUGCUGAACAGUAUGGGAAGGAUCUAAUUGUCCUUAAGAAGAUAAUCAAUGAGUUGUACAAAAGUUCUCGUUCAAAACCUUCACUCAUAGCACCAGGGGGAUUCUAUGAUCGGGAGUGGUAUGUGAAACUCCUGCAGGUUUCAGGUUCAGGUGUGAUCAAUGCAAUGUCCCAUCAUAUAUACAAUCUGGGUGCGGGUGUUGAUCCUCAUCUUGUCAGUAAGAUAUUGGAUCCAAGUUACUUGAGUCAGAUAUCAGACACGUUCAUCAACCUCGAGGAAACAAUCAAGAAGCAUGGACCUUGGGCAUCUGCAUGGGUUGGAGAAUCUGGUGGGGCAUACAAUAGUGGCGGUCGUCAUGUAUCUAACACAUUUGUUAACAGCUUCUGGUAUCUAGAUCAGCUCGGAAUGGCUUCUAAGUAUGACACAAAGGUUUAUUGCCGGCAAUCUUUAGUUGGUGGGAAUUAUGGCCUCUUAAACACCACAACAUUAGCACCUAAUCCAGAUUACUACAGUGCCCUUCUGUGGCAUCGACUCAUGGGAAAACGCGCUCUUGCUGUCAGUGGUGACGCUCCACCAUCUUUACGCUGUUAUGCACAUUGUUCAAAAGGAAGGGCAGGCAUGACUUUACUCCUGAUCAAUUUAAGGAACGAGACUAAAUUCAUAGUGGGGACCCAGAGUAGUGUGCAGAAUUUGCAUGUGGAGGAACAAUCCGUUGACGGAGGGAGCAUUCUCAUUCACGGAUUGAAGAAAACUGUCUCGUUCGUCGGCAAAGGAUCAUCAGAUGCUCCACUUUUCAGAGAGGAGUACCAUUUAACUCCACGAGGCGGUUACCUUCAGAGUCAAACCAUGCUCCUGAAUGGAAGCCCGUUGGAGCUCACGCAGGACGGAGGGAUCCCGCCUUUAAAGCCUAACCUUGUCCGUGCCGAUUCUCUCGUAUCGGUUUCUCCUCUGUCCGUUGCUUUCAUAGUCUACCCGAAUUUUGAUGCUCGAGCUUGUGCUUGAUUCGUCUGCGUGCAAUCUGCGCUCUCUAGUCGAGCACCCGUGUAUCAUAUUCGCAUAAUUAAGUGGCGCAAGCAAGUCGAUGUAGCCAUUUCAAGUGUGAGAGUAAAAAAUCAACUUAUUGAUGUGUGGCCCCUAUUGUAUUCAUCUGUUUGUGAGAUUGGUAUUGAAACUCUCAUGGCAAAAAAUGUGACUAAUGCAGCGUUAGAGCAGUUGGGUUCUUCUCAA